GAUCUCUCUCUCUCUCUCUAGACCCAAUUAUAUACUAUUCGGAUUUUUUUCAGAUCUGAAAUCCGAUUCCUUCAUUUUCUGGGUUAUCUUCUUCAAUUCUUCCCCCCGAUCUCCCAUGUCUUCAACAUACUGGUGCUACAGAUGCAACAGAUUCGUUAGGGUUUGGUCCCCAGAUUCCGUCGCCUGCCCCGAUUGCAACAGCGGAUUCGUCGAAGAGGUCGAGAGCCCCGCCCGAUCUUCACUCUCCGACUCCAGACGACGCCGUUUCCCCGCCGCCGCCAUGUAUAUGAUGCGUACCGCUGAUUCCGUCCCCGUUCCCGGGUCGGGUCCGGGUUCCAUUUCCGGAUCGAGCCCUAGGUUGAGAAGAAGUCGCAGGAAUGGAGGCGACAGGUCUCCAUUUAACCCGGUUAUCGUUCUCCGCGGGUCCAACGACGGUGCGGCCGGAGGUGUACCCGGAACUGGAGGCGGAACCCCACCUGGAGGAGCCUUUGAAUUGUAUUACGACGAUGGAGCAGGAUCGGGUUUACGGCCGUUGCCCGCUACCAUGUCCGAGUUUUUGCUCGGGUCGGGUUUCGACAGAUUGCUGGAUCAGCUGGCACAAAUCGAGGCGAACGGGUUUGGGAGAAUUGACAGUAACCCACCUGCAUCAAAGGCAGCUAUCGAAUCUAUGCCUACAAUCGAAAUAGUCGAUCAGCACGUAGCUGUUGAAUCCCACUGCGCCGUUUGUAAAGAGGCCUUCGAAUUGGGGAUCGAGGCUCGUGAAAUGCCCUGCAAACAUUUAUACCAUCAAGACUGCAUUUUGCCUUGGCUUACUUUAAGAAACUCUUGCCCCGUAUGCAGGCACGAAUUGCCCACAGAUAACGAGAAUCGGGAAUCGAGCGAAACUAACAGAGGAGCCAACGAGGUUGGAGGAACCGAUGACGAGACUGUUGGCUUGACGAUUUGGCGGUUGCCAGGUGGCGGCUUUGCUGUGGGGAGGUUUUCCGGUGGGAGGAGAGGUGGAGAGAGGGAGCUGCCGGUGGUCUACACAGAAAUGGAUGGUGGUUUUAAUAACAAUGGCGUACCGAGGAGGAUUUCUUGGGGGUCUAGGGGAAGUGUUUCGAGGGAUAGGGGUGGAUUGAGGAGACUUUUCCAUAGCUGGUUCGCUUGUUUCGGGAGGGGUGAAUCGUCAAAUUCUAGUUCUAGUUUGGAUUCAAGAAUGAGUCGUAGGUCUGGUUCUUUGUCAUCGGUUUUUAGCUCCUCUUCUAGAAGGCGCAGAGGAUGGGGUUUCGAUGUUAACGAUGGAAAUGAAAGAAGAUGGUGAAUUAUAUAAUUGGGUUCCUCCUAUAGAACAUAAACAUAUUUUUUUCACGGGGAUUAAGGUUGUCGGGAGGAUCUAUAAUAUCCAUUGUAAAUAGUUGGAAAAAAAAAACAGAAUUUAUACAGCAAAUGUACUUGUUGUACACCUCAAGGAUGAUUGCUCCAAUCUCAAUUGAUUAAUCACUGAAAUGGAGAAGGUGUGUGAGCUAAACAUCAGCACACAGACAUGAUAAUUAAAAAAGAGGAGAAUAUUUUUUUCCCGAAGAAGAAGAAAAGAAUCGGGCUUCUGGAAUUCGAGAAGUGAAGGUACCCUAAUCUUAUGCAUUGGGUUGCUUAUGAAUGUGUUAGUGUACCUACAUUUUGCCUCUUUCUCAUGUUUUUGUCAAUUUAUUCAUCCAUGUACGAUUUUUUUGUAAUUUCUAAGUUCUAAUUUGCGUGUAAUGCUUAAUGAGCAAUGGAUAAUUUUUUGAUAAUAUAUCAUUGAAUUACAUGUAGUAAGUUAUAUACACUCUUAAUGGAGGUUGCUUAUUGUUUCUAUAUGAAUUAUUGUUGUUAC